AUGGUUGCUGGUGAUGGCCCCAACGAGAUUCUUCAAUAUCUGAAUGCAAGGUAUAUCGGAGCACCUGAGGCAGCUUGGCGAUUACUUGGAAAUUGUUUACACAAAGAGAAUCCCAAAGUACAGUGGUUAGUGGUACAUCUUCCAGGCAAGCAGCGAGUUAUUUACGAUCCAGAUGAUUCCGUCGAAGUAAUUCAGGAUAAGGCAGAAAAUGUAGUAACAACUUUGAUGGGGUAUUUUGACUACAACAGGUUAAAUCCAGAAGCAAGGGCAUAUACCUACCAUGACUUCCCGCAGAAGUUUGUAUGGUCAGAUAAGAAGUGGCCUCCUCUAAAGAAACACUUUUCCAAUUGGGAGAAUUUUGAGAUUCAAGAUUCAGUGGUGGAUUCAAAAGUGGAUAAGUUCAAUACUACACGAAAGCAUUUGAGUGUUAGGAUGGGGAAGACUUUUCUGUACCGCACAUUGGUAGCAACACGUAGAAGCAAUGGUGACGUUGUUUUAACGGUCUCUUCUUGCGGCGUAACUGCAUUGCUUCAAACUGGUGGAAGGGCAUCACAUUCAGCCUUCAAGAUACCACUCGAGCCAUAA